UGGAAUUCAGUAAAUCUUUCCAUACUGUUUCUCACAGGAUCCUUCUGGACAGAAUGUCCAGCACACAGCUGGAUAAACACAUCAUGUGAUGGGUGAGCAACUGGCUCACGGGUCGGGCACAAAGGGUUGUAGGGAAUGGAGUGACAUCAGACUGGGGACCUGUCACUAGUGGAGUUCCACUGGCCCCCAUCCCCAGCCCCGUGCUCUUCAACAUCUUCAUUCAUGGCCUGGAUGCAGGACUGCAAGUUCACAGCUGAUACAAAACUGGGAGGAGCUUCAAAGGCAGGGAGGCCCUGCAGAGAGAUCUCAACAAUUGAGAGGCCUGUACAAUCACCAGGACAAUCACCACAUAAAGUGCAGCAAGGGAAGUGCUGGAUUCCGCACCUGAGUUGGGGCAGUCCUGGAUAUGGUCAGUCCUGACACAAGCAACAGCUGUCACAACACUGCUACCAACAGAAAGUUAAGAUGGAAGGAUAUCUGGAUGUGAGCUGAAUCUACUGUAUCUGAGAGAUUAUUGCAGGACCUUUUUCUGGUGCCCUAAUCCUGGCUGAGUUCUGCUACUACAGCACCACAACACUGGCAGAGAAGCAGAAUGGCCACUACCACUUCAAACACUCCAGAUACUUUCCGGAGAGACGCCUUGAGCCUGGCUGUAUUAGAAUGAAAGAUCAUCCUGAUGCCACAUACUCUGUGUGAAACCCAAGAUCUCAACACUGACGCUUCUCACAAGCUUUCCACUGGACCCCAGCCAACAACACCUCCCUCCCAACUCUGCUGCUCAGGUUUUACAUGGCUGCUGAUGCGGUUUGUCGGGAGACUGGAUUGUAAGAGUCUUGUUUUACCAUUCUGGCUGCUGCAGACCCUGUCCAGAAGAAUUUCAAAUCCCUAUUUGGAAACACCUUCAAAUAAGAUUUAUGGAGAAAGUUCUUCCUGUGCUGGGAGAGCUCUCAGGAAUAUUUUUACUCUACAAGCUUCUGACCUGAUUAAAGACAGGGUGUACCUUACUGGCAUUUGCAGGAGAAGUUGUGUGGGAUCAGAACUUGUAGACUGGCUUUUGGAGCAGUGCCCUUUUGUCAAGUGCAGAUCUACAGCAGUUGGAGUGUGGCAGCUCCUCCUGGAUAUGGGCAUUAUAUUGUCAGUGGACAGACAACUCUAUUUCCAAGACAGUCAUGCUUUCUACCAGUUCUCAGCGGAUGAAUGUACCUACCUUUUCUGUGAAUUUGAGAAAGAGGAAGCAUGGAAGAAUGGAGUAAAGCUCCUACUUCAACUACUGCCACUGUCUCCUCCCAGGAUUGACAUGUGCAAUCUGCCUGAUCAAAAAAUAGAAGAUACAGCAGAAACCAAUGCUGAAAUUCUUGCUCGUCUCACUUCUGCGGUACAGAGAGAACUGGCUGCUGUCAUUGCCUUGAAAGCAAGGAAGUCAGCAAUUCAUCAAAAUGAAGAAAACAGCAGUCAAGAAAUAAGAGGACUAGAAGAUCUCAAGGAUACCUCUGAUGCACAGGCAGGAGUUUUAUGCAAGCUUCAGGGAAGAGAUGACAUCGGACGGAUUGAGCUGGUCCAAAAGCUGGCGAGAGAGAACUGCCAGUUUUUGCAGGCGGAUAGAAGAGCACUGGAGAAGGCAGAACAAGUGGACGAUGGAGGCGGCGGCGAGCGGGCGCGGGAGGCGGCCGGCGCGGCGCUGGUGCUGCGGAAGGUGUGGUCACGCAGCCCGGCCCCCGAGCGGCGCGGGAGAUACGUGGUGGUGUCGGGGACGCCGGAGAAGAUUUUGGAGCAUCUCCUCAGCGACCUGCACCUGGAAGCCGCCCAGGACAAAGAGACGGAAACUCUGCUGGAUGAUUUCCUUCUCACAUACACGGUUUUCAUGACGACUGAUGACUUGUGCCAGGCCCUUCUGAGGCACUAUUGUGCUAAGAACCACCAGGGGAAAGAAGAUGACUCUGAUGUGUCCUGUAGGAAAAGAAAAGUCUUGCAUUUGGUGUCUCAAUGGACUUCUCUCUACAAAGACUGGUUACACGAAGAUGAGCAUUUAAAACAAUUUUUAAAGACGAUAUACAGAAAUGUGCUAGAUGAUGUGUAUGAGUAUCCCGUUCUUGAGAAGGACCUGAAAGAAUUCCAGAAGAUACUUGGGAUGCAUCGCCGACACACUGUAGAUGAGUAUUCACCUCAUCGAAAGAAUAAAACCUUUUUCCACCAGUUCAGUGUAAAGGAGAACUGGCUGCAGCACAGAGGAACUGUGAAUGAAACAGAAGAAAUUUUCUGCCGGGUGUAUAUAACAGAGCACUCCUAUGUCAGUGUGAAAGCCCAAGUGUCAACUUCAGCUCAGGAGAUUCUGAAGAUCGUGGCAGAAAAGAUCCAGUACCCGGAGGAGGAGUUGGCGCUGGUGACAGUCUCAUUUUCUGGUGAAAAACAUGAGCUACAACCAAAUGAUUUGGCUAUCUCAAAAUCUUUGGAGUCAUCCAGUCGUAUGUUUGUAUACCGAAAAGAUCUGACUGAUUCUUUGAGCCCAUUUUCUGAAAAUGAGGAGUUGCAGCAAAGAUCUGUAAGGAUUUUGGGAAUUAACACCUGGGAUCUUGCCUUAGAACUAACAAACUUUGACUGGAGCCUCUUCAAUGCAAUUCACGAGCAAGAGCUGAUAUACUUCACGUUCAGCAGACAGGGCAGUGCUGAAAACACUGAGAAUCUCAGUCUUCUGCUUCAAAGAUGCAACGAGGUCCAGCUUUGGGUUGCCACUGAGAUACUCCUCUGUAGCCAGCUCUGCAAACGUGUACAGCUUGUGAAAAAGUUCAUCAAGAUUGCUGCCCACUGUAAAGCCCAAAGAAAUCUGAAUUCAUUCUUUGCAAUUGUUAUGGGUCUCAACACUGCAUCUGUCAGCCGGCUGUCUCAGACCUGGGAGAAAAUUCCUGGGAAGUUCAAGAAACUUUUCACUGAACUUGAAAGUUUGACGGAUCCUUCUCUGAAUCACAAAGCUUACAGAGAUGCAUUCAAGAAAAUGAAAUCUCCGAAAAUCCCCUUCAUGCCCUUACUUCUGAAAGAUGUAACAUUCAUCCAUGAAGGAAAUAAAACGUUUCUGGAUAACCUUGUUAAUUUUGAAAAGCUGCACAUGAUUGCAGAUACUGUUCGGUCCUUGAGACAUUGCAGAAAUAACCAAUUUGGCAAUGAAGUUCCUUCGAAAGAGCACCACGAGCUGAAGCCAUAUGUCCACCACCUGCAUGUCAUCGACAACCAGCAAGCUCUGUUUGAGCUCUCUCACAGGAUAGAGCCGCGAGCGUGAGCGUGCACAGCUUCAUGUAACCUUGUAACUGCAGCACUUUGAAUUAAGUGAAUGUUUAUGCCAAGCAUGUUGCUUCCCUCUGUGAGAACGGUUUACUGAGUUUUAUCAGUAGCUCACACAACAUGCGCAGGAAGAUCAGGCAAGAGCCAGCAAAGGAGCUGCUCGCAGAAUUGCAGGGCAAGCUUGGUGCCAUUCCCACUGCUCCCUGGGACCUGAGGCAGAGGAGCAGCGUCCUUUGAGCUCAGGAGCUUGGUUUCUGUGAAAAUAUUGUUUGGUCCAGUGUAGCUUUCAAUGCAGAUUCUGCCAGUAUUAGAAAGAAA